AUGGCUUACCGGCGGAGACAGCAAGUUGCAUUUGCCGCCGGCUCAGACUCUUCAUCUUCCGCCUCCUCCCUGGCCGCCAAAGCCAUCGGAGCUUCAUCGGCGCGCAGAGACUAUUCCCUUUCCUCCGUCUACGAACAGUCGGCCCUCUCUUCUCCACGCGCCUCUACUCCUUCGUCUGCCAAGGAUUCUACCACAUAUGACUAUACAUCAAAGAAGGGUGUGGAUGAGUCGAAGCAAGGGUUCUGGGGGUUUUCCAGGAAAGACAAAUCCCUUCUUGAUGAUGAUGAUAAUAUUGAGCAACGUCAAACACCUGGAGGGACAAUACCUCAGACAUCUAAUAAAAGCAAAAAGAGUCGGUACCAUAACACAUAUGACUAUCCAGAAAGGCGACCAAAGACAGACGGCCCUGCGUUACAGAAGGGACUAGAUGCAAUUGCAUCAUCGCUAAAUUACGUUGGUAAUGCUCUAGAGGAGGGUAUCACGGCAGUGGAGAAGCGCACUGCUGACAUAAUUCAAGAGACCCGUAAGAUUCAGAUAAAGAAAAAGAGUGAUACCUCUAAAUCUCAAAACCAGUUCUCAAAUCUUGAUGACCUCAGACAACCUACUGCACAGGCUCAUGUGCAACCUCAGAUGCACGCUAACUUGGAAACCCAACUGAAUGCAUCUCGCGACGUUGCAAUGGCGAUGGCUGCUAGAGCAAAACUUCUAUUGAGGGAGCUGAAGACGGUCAAAGCCGAUCUUGUGUUCACAAAGGAACGUUGUGGUCAGCUGGAAGAGGAAAAUAGAAUCCUUAGGGAGAGUCGCGAAAAAGGUGACGACCCAGAAGAUGAUGAUUUGAUAAGGCUGCAGCUUGAGUCCCUUUUGGCCGAGAAAGCUCGACUCGCCCAAGAGAACUCGGUGUAUGCACGGGAAAACCGUUUUCUGAGAGAGAUUGUCGAGUACCACCAGCUUACAAUGCAAGACGUCGUGUACUUGGAUGAAAGCAAUGAAGCAGUCAAGUUUGCAACACAUGCGAAUUUUCAACCGUCUGUCACAAUACCCGCACACUCUCCAGCUCCUUCAGUUCCCCACGGUACAAUUUCUCAAGUGACUUCUCAAUAUUUGAAUCCAGAAAAUUAA